GCCAAGAGAGAUGUCAUCUUAUCCUCUCCCAUCUGCCUUGGACACGGCAAUAUGGGGAGGAAAUUGUGUGUUAUUCCCCCUCAGGCUGCUGUCGGGGGUGAGGAGCAGGGGGACAGCAGGUAUAAGAGGCAGGUGUGGCCAAAGGAAGGCAGAUGGCAGCGUGGACUCCAGACGGGCAGCAGCGCUGCUGCUGCGGCUGGUAACAGACUGGGGCCGUGCUGAAGGAGCAGGGGGCCGGGAUGAAGGAGACCAGAGCGUCACGGAGGAAGACAGUGGAGCCCGCGCACCGCAGGAUGCCCAGACCCCUGGGGCACUCUUGCGCUCCCUGCUCCAGGCCAUACAGAGACCCAGCCGGAGUCCAGCCUUCCUGAUUCAGCCCCAGAGGUUUGGCAGAAACACCCGGGGCUCCUGGAGCAACGCAGGGCUGAGCUCCCCAUUCCGGAGCCUGGCCGCCCCUCAGCGCUUUGGGAAGAAGUGACAUGCCGUCCUUUGAUGUUUGCAUGCAAGGCCCACACCCAAAAGUGCCACGUGUCCCCCCAAUAAAGCUG